AUUACCCCUGUUUUUCUUGUAAACGUUACUUUUUGUACACAUCAGAGUAGAAUCUCUACUAUUUUCAAUAAAUCAUCUUUACACUAAAUAAAUAUAUAUAUCCAAUAAUCUUAAUUAAUUUUCGCUUAAAUUUAAAUUUGAAAAGUCUCUUUAUUUGUCAUCGUCACAUCAUCUGAGAGAAAAAUGCAUAUCAUCCUUUCUAUAAGAUCAUAAUUACACCAUGUCUAUUCCCAUGUCUGAUAAAGGAUCAAAAAUGCAAGCUUUUCACAAUGGGGGUUUUGUUCAACUUUUAUCUCUGUCAUUUGAUAUUCUUCUUCACAUUGGUAAACACUUUGAUAUCCUCCGUUGCUGAGAGUCACAUUAACAUGGAUUCUGAUGGAAAAACUGAACAAGUGAAGGACAGGUUUGCUAUAAAAUACUUUCGAAGAAGGAGAAAACAGAUAAUAGAGGCAGAAGAUAGUAAGUUGAUUAAAGAACUAUUCUUAUUUUGUCAUCAAUGUCGGAUAAAGGUUGGAGGAAAGACUGUGAGGUGCGGAAACUGUAAUAUGAGAAGAUAUUGCGUAUCAUGCAUACGAAAUUGGUAUCCUCAUUUGAAAGAGGAUGGCAUUUUUGAGUCAUGUCCCGUGUGCCGAGGAAAUUGCAACUGCGUAGCAUGCUUGAGAUCCGAUGUACUUGUUAAAGAAAUGAAGCGAAAAGCAAAAACCAAAGAAGAUGAACAUGUUGAAUUCUCUGUGUAUUUGCUGCAAACACUUCUUCCACAUUUAAGAUUGUUGGAUGAAGAACAAAUGAUUGAGAAUGAAACAGAAGCUAAGAUACAGGGUAUCUCAAUCUCUGAGCUUAGAGUAAAAGAGGCAGUAUAUUCUAAGGACGAGCGAGUAUAUUGUGAUAAUUGUAAAACGUCAAUAUUUGAUUACCACAGAAGCUGUACACUGUGCACAUUCGAUCUUUGUCUCAGCUGUUGUCGUGAGCUUCGUAGUGGGCAGCUUUUAGGUGAAGAAGUAAUAAAUAAAAGGGUAAACCAAACUGAAUCAAACGAUGUUACUGAACCUGUAGUUCGUGAAUGGUCAAGAUUUGGAUGGCAUGCCGAAAGUAAUGGUAGAAUUCCUUGUCCAAAAGUUAGUGAUGAAUGUAAUCAUGGUUUCCUAGAACUGAGAAGCGUGUUAGGUCAAAAUUUUCUUACUGAUUUAUUGUGUAAAGCAAAUGAACUAGCACAAAGACACGAACUUGGGACACUUGACAACUUCUGUACGUGUUCAAGGCUUGACAGGAAAACAGAUGUUAGAUAUCAUGGUAUGAGGAAGGCUGCAUCACGUGCAUAUUCUAGUGACAACUAUUUGUACUGUCCUAGGGCUGUACAACCCCAGGAUGAGGAUUUAGGACAUUUUCGGUGGCAUUGGAAAAACGGAGAGCCUGUUAUUGUUAGCCAUGCGAUUGAUAGUACUACUGGUUUAAGCUGGGAACCAUCUGUCAUGUCUCGUGCAUUGUGUCAGAUAGCUAAGAGCAGGCAUCCACAACAUUUGGAUAUGAAGGCAAUUGAUUGCUUAGAUUUUUGCGAGGUUCAAAUUAAGAUCGACGAAUUUUUUACUGGGUAUAAAGAAGGUCGUGUGGAUUGCCUUGGUCGGCCUCGCAUGUUGAAAUUAAAAGACUGGCCAUCUACUAAUUUAUUAGAAGAAUGCUUACCUCGACAUUGUGCCGAGUUCAUAUCUUCCUUACCAUUCAAGGAAUAUACUGAUCCAUAUGGAGGUUGUCUCAACCUAGCUGUGAAAUUGCCCGAAGAGUGUCUAAAGCCAGACUUGGGGCCGAAGACAUAUAUUGCCUAUGGAUUCCUUCAUGAGCUUGGAUGUGGUGAUUCAGUGACUAAGCUCCAUUGUGAUAUGUCUGAUGCAGUAAAUGUGUUGACGCAUAUAGCUGAAGUUAAAUUGGAAGUUACUGGCAUUGAGAAUUUGAAAGAAAAGCAGUUGGAGCAAGACCAAGGGGAUGGUUCAGAUGGUGCAGUGUGGGAUAUUUUUCGGAGGCAGGACGUACCUAAAUUGCAGGAGUAUCUGAGGAAGCAUUUCAGAGAGUUUAGUCAUAUCCAUUGCCGUCCUUUAAAGCAGGUUAUUCACCCCAUCCAUGACCAGACCUUCUAUUUGACUGUGGAGCACAAGAGGAAGCUAAAGGAGGAGUAUGGAAUUGAGCCCUGGACAUUUAUUCAGAAGCUAGGAGAAGCUGUUUUCAUUCCAGCUGGUUGUCCUCACCAAGUUAGAAAUCUCAAGUCGUGUAAUAAGGUCGCAAUGGAUUUUGUUUCUCCUGAAAGUGUUGGGGUGUGUUUUGGUUUAACCGAGGAAUUUCGUACACUUCCAAUAAAUCAUGGGUGUGCUGAGGACAAAUUGGAGGUGAAAAAGAUGACAGUAUAUGCUAUGCAAGAUGUGAUAAGAAAAUUGGAAAGGGCGAGGUUAGCAGACAAGGGAUCGGUGAAAGUGUAAAUUUUAGUGAUUAGUUCCAUAUUUUGUAAAGCUAGUCUAAGCUUUUGAGCUUCUGAAUGCUCAGGUAAUGGUAUUUUCAGGGGUACAGCUUUAUGCAUUUGUUAAUUUCUUAACAUUUUUUGUAAUGUUCAAUGAAAGAACAUUGAGGCAAUAUUAAUUAGAGUUUUUUC